ACUCAAAAUCCCUUUGGCUGCUUUUCUAGGGCUACAGGCUAUAGAAGCAAAUCAUCAUGUCUGAUCCUGUUGCUCUGCGCAGCAUUAAGAAAUUUGGAGAGGAUAAUCAUGCUUUUGACUUGGAUGGUUCAAAUAACGGCUUUCAGAAACCAGAGUAUUUCUGUAUACAUGAGGAACCUCCUCCAAAGAAGAAAAAGGGGGACAAGUCAUCGAACAAGAAAGAAAACAGUAUCCGGAUUGGCUUCUUUGAACUGUUUCGAUUUUCUUCAUCUUCUGAGAUUUUCAUGAUGACUCUUGGUAGUUUCUGUGCUAUUCUUCAUGGAGCAGCCCAACCAUGCAUGUUGCUUGUCUUUGGUAUAAUGACAGACACAUUUGUUCAAUAUGACAUUGAGAAGCAGGAGCUUAGAGAUCCAGGCAAAACAUGUGUGAAUAACACCAUAGUGUGGAUCAACAGUUCCCUUCACCAAAAUGAAACUAACCCAUCAAUAAGUUGUGGGUUACUGGACAUUGAAAGUGAAAUGACCAAAUUUGCAGCUUACUAUGCAGGAAUUGGCUGUGCAGUGCUUGUCCUGGGAUACUUCCAAAUCUGCCUUUGGGUAAUAUCUGCAGCUCGACAGAUUCAGAAAAUCAGGAAAGCUUAUUUCAGGAAAGUAAUGGGAAUGGAUAUAGGCUGGUUUGAUUGCACAUCAGUUGGAGAACUGAAUACACACAUUUCUGACGAUGUUAACAAAAUAAGUGAUGCUAUCUCUGACCAAGUAGCAAUCUUUAUCCAGCGCUUCAGCACCUUUAUUUGUGGAUUCCUGUUAGGAUUUGUCAGUGGCUGGAAACUGACUUUGGUCAUUAUUGCAGUCAGUCCUUUGAUUGGGAUUGGAGCAGCCAUCUAUGGCUUGGCUGUAGCCAAACUGACAAGCCGAGAGUUAAAUGCCUAUGCAAAAGCUGGGGCUGUGGCUGAUGAAGUGCUCUCAUCCAUCAGAACUGUGGCAGCUUUUGGUGGGGAGAGGAAAGAAGUUGAAAGAUAUGAUAAAAACCUAGUGUUUGCUCAGCGCUGGGGAAUUAGAAAAGGGAUAAUAAUGGGAUUCUUCACUGGUUACAUGUGGUUUAUAAUAUUCCUAUGUUAUGCAUUAGCCUUUUGGUAUGGCUCAAAACUUGUCCUGGAAGAAGAAGAGUAUUCGCCUGGGACUCUUCUACAGGUUUUCUUUGGAGUCUUAAUAGGUGCUUUAAAUCUCGGUCAAGCUUCUCCUUGUUUGGAGGCUUUUGCCACUGGACGCGGGGCUGCAACAGGCAUCUUUGAGACAAUAGAUGAAAAACCUACCAUUGACAGUAUGUCAGAGAAUGGCUACAAACUGGAUAAAGUAAAAGGUGAAAUUGAGUUCCAUAAUGUAACAUUCUAUUACCCAUCCAGGCCAGAAGUAAAGAUUUUGGAUAACCUCAACAUGGUUAUUAAAUCAGGGGAGACAACCGCUUUCGUUGGACCAAGUGGAGCUGGGAAAAGCACUGCAGUGCAGCUUAUCCAGCGAUUCUAUGACCCUAGUGAAGGCAUGGUUACUCUGGAUGGUCAUGACAUUCGCUCCCUUAAUAUUAGGUGGCUGCGCUCACAGAUUGGUAUUGUUGAGCAAGAGCCAGUCCUGUUUGCUACCACGAUUGCAGAGAACAUUCGUUAUGGGCGAGAUGAAGCCACUAUGGAAGACAUCAUCAAAGCAGCCAGGGAGGCCAACGCCUACAACUUCAUCAUGGAUCUGCCCCAGCAAUUUGAUACACAUGUAGGCGAGGGUGGAAACCAGAUGAGCGGAGGUCAGAAACAAAGGAUAGCUAUUGCUCGAGCCCUUGUCCGAAACCCAAAAAUCCUGCUACUGGAUAUGGCAACAUCAGCAUUGGACAACGAAAGUGAAGCUAUUGUCCAUGAAGCGCUUCAUAAGGCUCAUCUAAACCGCACUGCAAUCUCAGUGACUCAUCGUCUCUCCACAAUCAAAACUGCUGAUGUCAUCAUCGGGUUUGAGCAUGGAAGGGCUGUUGAGAGAGGAACACAUGAGGAGCUGCUGGAAAGAAAAGGGGUUUAUUUUACACUGGUGACUUUGCAAAGCCAAGGAGACAAAACACUUAAUGAAACAGCAGUAAAAAUAACAGAAAAUAACUUGCUUGAGCCAAACCUUGAGAGAGUGCAGCCUUUUAGAAGAGGGAGCUAUCGAGCCAGCUUGCGAGGGGAGCAAUUCAGACAACACUGCCAAAGCAGCAAGUGUAAGAUGCUGAAAUCCCAGAUCCCGAGACUCCAUAUUGUCAGGCUAGGUGGAAAAGCUUCAAUUCGGCAGCGUUCCAGGUCUCAGCUCUCUAAUGUGGUACCUGAACAUCCAUUCUCCAUUUCAGGAGACCACUCAGAUGCUGUAUACAAUAUACUGCAUUAUGAUGAAGACUUUACAUCUUCUAAAAAGGAAACUUUUCUUAAUGAUGAAGAAGGGGAAGUGGAACCCGCACCAGUUGCAAGGAUUUUGAAAUACAAUGCUCCAGAAUGGCCUUACAUGUUGUUUGGAUCUUUUGGAGCAGCUGUGAAUGGGUCACUCAAUCCACUCUAUGCUCUGCUAUUCAGUCAGAUUCUUGGGACCUUUUCCAUUCUUGAUGAGGAAGAGCAAAGAUACCAGAUAAACACAAUCUGCUUGCUCUUUGUGUUUGUUGGUGUUAUGUCACUUUUCACACAAUUCCUACAGGGAUAUGCAUUCGCUAAGUCUGGUGAGUUGCUUACAAGACGAUUAAGGAAAAUUGGUUUCCAGGCUAUGCUGGGGCAAGAGAUUGGUUGGUUUGAUGACCACAGAAACAGCCCUGGUGCUUUGACAACAAGACUUGCAACAGAUGCAUCACAGGUUCAAGGGGCUACUGGAUCUCAGAUAGGAAUGAUUGUCAACUCCUUUGCCAACAUUGGAGUGGCCAUUGUCAUCGCUUUCUAUUUCAGCUGGAAACUAAGUCUUGUUAUACUUUGCUUCCUGCCCUUUUUAGCCUUAUCUGGGGCUAUCCAGGCUAAAAUGCUGACAGGAUUUGCUUCUCAAGACAAGCAAGCUCUGGAAGCUACUGGGCAGAUUUCCAGUGAAACCCUCUCUAAUAUCAGGACUGUAGCUGGAAUAGGAAAGGAGAAAAUGUUUAUUAAAGCAUAUGAAGAACAGCUUGAAAAGCCUUAUAGAGCUUCAAUCAAAAAGGCAAACGUUUACGGAAUUUGCUUUGGCUUUUCCCAGUGCAUAGUGUUCAUAGCCAAUUCUGUCUCAUAUAGAUAUGGGGGGUUUUUAGUUGAGAGUGAAGGACUUCACUAUAGCUACGUUUUCAGGGUGAUCUCUUCUAUUGUAACCAGUGGAACUGCUUUAGGAAGAGCUUCUUCCUAUACUCCAAACUAUGCUAAAGCAAAAAUAUCUGCUGCACGGUUUUUUCAACUGGUGGAUCGUGUUCCUCUAAUCAGUGUUUACAGUGACAAAGGGGAAAAGUGGAAUGAUUUCAAGGGAAGCAUUACAUUUCUCAACUGUAAAUUCACAUAUCCUUCUCGGCCUGACACACAAGUUUUGAAUGACCUCUCGGUGACAGUUAAACCAGGCCAGACACUUGCAUUGGUUGGAAGUAGUGGAUGUGGCAAAAGUACCUGUGUCCAGCUUCUGGAGCGUUUCUAUGAUCCUGAGAAAGGAAAUGUGUUAAUAGAUGGACAUGACACCAAGAAAGUAAAUAUACAAUUUCUUAGAUCUAAAAUUGGAAUAGUAUCCCAGGAGCCUGUGUUGUUUGACUGCAGUAUCGCUGAUAAUAUUAAAUAUGGCAAUAAUACCAAGAAGAUCACGAUGGAGAAAGUUACAGAAGCGGCAAAGAAGGCACAUCUUCAUGACUUUGUUAUGUCACUUCCUGCGAAAUAUGAAACUAAUGUGGGAGCUCAGGGAUCUCAGCUCUCUCGUGGGCAAAAGCAACGCAUUGCUAUAGCACGGGCUAUCAUACGUGAUCCUAAAAUUUUAUUACUAGAUGAAGCAACAUCUGCCUUAGACACAGAAAGUGAAAAGACUGUGCAAGCUGCAUUGGAUAAAGCACGAGAAGGACGGACCUGCAUUGUCAUUGCACACCGUCUGUCUACAAUUCAGCAUUCUGAUAUCAUCGCUGUCAUGUCUCAAGGAGUCAUUAUCGAAAAGGGCACUCACAGUGAACUGAUGGCCAUGAAAGGAGCUUAUUACAAACUUGUCACGACUGGAGCACCUAUUAGCUGAUUUAAAACACUGUGUAAAGUUAAAAGACAUAUUUUUUUCCAAAUAAGUCCUCUGAAGUUAGUAUGAAAUUCUUGGUACCUGUUUACGUUAUUACAAAGUGCUGUAUCAUAUGGUGAGUGACAUGGUACCCAACCUAAAAACACAUAAGGCUUUCUGGAACAAGCAAAUCGAUUACCUAAACCAGUAGGGCCAAAUCUUUUAGGCAAGUGUGCCACAGACUAGCUCGACAUCCUCCUGGAGUGCCACUCUAAUCCCAUCCCUUACUCAAUCAGCUGCUUCCUACUCUAUCUACCGCUGUGCUGCCUAUCUGCUGCCUAGUUUUCUAUGUGCCACACUCACAUGUGCAGCAGGCUGGCUACCUGUAAACUAACCAGUAGGGUGAUUUGUUCAUGAAACAGUUUAGUUUAUUGUGCGUGGAAAAAGGAAGUUGCAAGUAGAAAAGCUCUUUAGUUGGGAGUUGCCCAAGGAUAAGGUAUGCACAUAAAAGGAAAAGGCUCUGCAGUGCUUUUCUUACUUAACAAAUGGCAAUCAAAGAAGAAUCCACCCUGAAUCACAUCACACAAAGCCAAAAUCAAAGUAUAUACCCUAUUAUGAAUGCACACUAUCUUCUCUAACCUUUUCCUCUUGUCUACUUAGACUGUGAACUCUUUGGGACAAGGACUGUCUAUGUCUAUGCCUGGUGCCUAGGACACCAAGGCCUUGAUCUUGUCUGGAGCGUAUAUUUAACUGGAGUAGGCACUACUGUAAUAGAAAUAAUAAAUUACUAUAAAGAAAUGCUCUUCACCCCAUCAUAAAAGGAAACUGAGAAGAUGAACAAAAGGUGGAAUAAGGACUAUUUUUCCUUAGUUGGGCCACUUUGUAAAAUACUCUAAAUGAAUUCAUUUGAAUAUGAAUAAAUGCAUUAGUUAAAUCAAAUAAUACUGAAAUAAAUUUUCAGUAUAAUUUUAAUUUUAUCUUACCUUGGAAGAGUACUAGGGAAAUGGAGAAUAUUAUUUUGCUCAUCCCUGGGGUCUGAAUCUGAUUUAUAAGGAAAGUUUAAAUUCUAUAAAGCUUAAAAAUAAAAAAUAUAUAUUAUUUAUAAAGUUAGGGCUUGAGCCAGCUUCUGUUAAGGUCAAUAGGAGUCUUUCCAUUGAUUUUUUUUUUAAUGGUAUCAAGCCUGAAGCAGUAUGACAUUUCUGGUGUUCAUAUGAUUUUAACUUAAAACCUGAUUAUAAGAUAUGGCCUUGGAAUAUUAUUAAUUGGAACAAGUCAUAGUCUGAGUACACUGACAUCUGUUCACCUUGCACUAUGAUAAGGAUGUCGCAGCUAAAUAAUAUAUCAGUAUUAAUUACUGAAACUUGAAUGAGUCAAGGAUGAAAAACCUUGUCACAAUCUCUCUCUUGAGAUUUAAUUAUUAUGGACAAAGAAAAGAGAAUGUAAAUUCUUGUGUAAUACCCUUAUUAGAAUCAAAGACCAUAUGAUGUUUUACAACUGACUUUGAAAAUUAACCUUUUUCCAAACAAAGGCUGGCUACAAUCAGCAUUUCAUUUUUAAGUCCUUGUGAAAUUGUAGAAGGAAGUUUCUUUACAUGCCUUUUUUAAAUUACCUUUUUGUUGGAUCAGCAACACUGGACUUUGACUGGAUGAGAAUUAAAAUAUUGAAGUAGCUGUUGUGCUGGGCCAAGACCAUGCUCUUAACAUUAUAUGAUGUGGCAAGGGUAUGGGGUAAAAAAAAUCAAAACAGUACCUUCUUCAGUAGAGGACACGUUAUCUCACACAUGUUUUCCUCUUUCCUAUUAGUACUAUGAUAUCAACAAAAAGGGGAACAAAGAUGAGAGAACUAUAAUUUUGCUAUAAAUAAUUUGUAAAAGCCUCAUCACAGUGUAGUAAAAGAAGGAUUAAAGUAUCUGGAAUUACAUUGUAGUAUUUCCUCUCUUUUUUUAAAAUUGUGCUUAUCACACAACACAGACCUAAAUGUUACUGAUACUAAAGUCCUUUGGUACUUAUGCACAUAAAAAUAAUUGCAGUGUAUUUUAAUUAAUGCAAUUAAUGUGGAAACUGUGUAAUUACUAAGUCUAUUCUGUGAGAGAAUACCAACCUUGUAGCCCUAUUUAUGACAAUAAAAUAAAAAUAAAUUCCUUAGU